UCACAUGGCCGCGCUGAGCCCGCUGCUGCUGGCCGCGCUGCUGUGGGUCCCUGCGGGGGCCCUGACCUGCUAUGGGGACUCGGGGCAGCCUGUGGACUGGUUCGUGGUCUACAAGCUGCCGGCCCACAGCGGGUCCGGGGAUGCGGCGCGGAGUGGGCUGCAGUAUAAGUACAUGGACGAGGGCUCAGGGGGCUGGCGCGAUGGCGUGGGAUUCAUCAACAGCUCGGCGGGGGCCGUGGGCCGCAGUUUGCUGCCGCUGUACCGGAGAAAUGCCAGUCAGGUGGAGGGGUGCCGGCAGAACCUGGGGUGGGACCUUAGGGUGGGCCCGCCUGCAGGAGAACCUUCACGUUGACCCCGUCCAUCUCCUCCAGCUCGCCUUCCUGCUCUAUAACGACCAGCCGCCUAAAUUCAGCAAGGCUCAGGACUCUUCCAGCCGUGGGCACACCAAGGGCGUCCUGCUCCUGGACCAAGAAGGGGGCCUCUGGCUGGUUCACAGCGUGCCUCGAUUUCCUCCACCUGCCGCUUCUGGUGCAUACAGCUGGCCUUACAAUGCCAGACCCUUCGGGCAGACCCUGCUCUGUGUGUCUUUUCCCCUCACCCAGUUCCAGAGGAUUGGAAGGCAGCUGACCUAUGCCUUCCCUCUGGUCUAUGAUCACAAGCUGGAGGGGGUCUUUGCCCAGAAAUUCCCCGACCUGGAGGAGGUGGUCAAGGGCCACCAUGUUCGCCACGCACCCUGGAACAGCAGUGUAACACUUACAUCACAGGCGGGGGCUACUUUCCAGAGCUUUGCCAAAUCCGGAAGCUUUGGAGAUGACUUGUAUUCUGGCUGGUUGGCGACAGCUCUUGGCAGCAACCUGCAGGUCCAGUUCUGGCAGAACUCUCCAGGAAUUCUGCCCUCCAACUGCUCAGGGACCUGGCACGUUCUGGAUGUGACCCAGACAGCCUUCCCUGGGCCAGCUGGGCCAACCUUCAAUGCUACAGAGGACCACUCUAAAUGGUGUGUGGCCCUGGAAGGGCCAUGGACCUGCGUGGGUGACAUGAAUCGGAACCUCGGAGAGGAGCACCGGGGUGGGGGCACAUUGUGUACCCAGCUGCCGGCCCUCUGGAAGGCCUUCCAACCCCUGGUGAAGGCCUGGGAGCCCUGUAGGGAGGAGAGCAGGGCCAGGAGGCCCAGCAGAGCAUAUAAGAGCUAAGGCUCAGAAACCAGCUGGGACUUGAACUUGAAUCCCAGUUCAACCCUUUCCUAAUUGUGUAACCUUAAUUAUGUGCCUUAACCUUAUUGUUACUCAGUCAGCUAAUCUGCAAAAUGGGAAUCAUAACACGUGCCACUCAAGAUUGUUGAGGAAUAAAGGAAAUUGGUGGAUGA